CCAUUGACACACGCCUUAUAUAAGUUCAAUGUCAUUGCAUUAUAAAUCACUCUCAUCCCUGUAAGGAUAUCAGGAUAUCACACAUUAUACCUGUUUCAUUGAUUAGUUCCCUUUCCUUGUGAAUUACAAAGUGAGUCAUAUAUACUUAAUUCUUUAAGGGAGAACAGAAGCAUCAAAGAUGAAACUCAGCAUUUCGUUUUUGGCCAAGCUUUUGAUACUGCAAUAUCUAUCAGUUCAAUGCCUUUCUGAUGAUUUUGAUUUCUUCUACUUUGUUCAGCAGUGGCCAGGAGCAUAUUGUGACAGCAAGCAAAGCUGCUGUUAUCCCAAAACUGGAAAACCUACAGCAGAUUUUGGCAUUCAUGGACUCUGGCCUAACUACAAUGAUGGCUCAUGGCCCUCAAACUGUGAUCCUGACAGCACCUUUGAUAAAUCUGAGAUCUCAGAACUCAUUAGUAGCAUGGAGAAGAGUUGGCCAUCCCUGAGCUGCCCCAGCAGCAAUGGCAUUAGGUUCUGGUCACAUGAGUGGGAGAAACACGGUACCUGCGCGGAAUCUGAGCUCGGUCAGCGAGAGUAUUUUGAAGCCGCUCUCAAACUGAAGGAGAAAGUGAACCUCCUUCAGAUCCUCAAGAAUGCAGAGAUUCAACCAGAUGAUGAAUUUUACAGCAUAGAGAGCAUUAAAGAUGCUAUAAAAGAGGGAAGUGGGUUCACCCCAGGAAUUGAGUGUAACAGAGAUUCACGUGGUAACAGCCAGCUUUACCAAGUUUACAUGUGUGUGGACACUUCUGGAUCAGAUUUCAUAGAGUGCCCUGUUUCUCCAAGGAGCAAAUGUGGUUCAGAUAUACAAUUCCCCAAGUUUUAAUUAAGACAAUUCAUCAGCUACUUGACUUGAGCACACAACAUGGUUUCAUAUGUAUUUUCUAAUGUUAAUCUCAUUUUUUCUAAAUCUAUCAAAAUUUACAAUAAUGAAAACAAAAUACAAAAAUUUAAUAGGAUGUUUGUUAUAUGCUCACAUAAUCGGUUCUGAUCACACGGUGAUCAUGCAGCCAUGAGCCACCUUCCUUUGAAAUUGUAAGUUGUAACUGCCUUGUAACAAUAAAAGUUCAUGGUAAUGCCAAUCCAGAUUGUCAACGAGUUGUUUCUA